AGUAUAUUCUGCCAGAUAAAAAUGAGAGACAUAGAAGCUGGCUAAAGAAAAAGUUGAAAUAUAUCGAAAAUUUAAACAAUAUUUUGUAGUAACAUAAACUUUUUUCAUCGACCCUUUAUCUUAAAUUCAUCUAUAUUGGGAUAAAGGGCGAUGUUUUAUAUCUUUAGCCACUUUAUUACAUGCAAAACAAACCCAAAAGGGUUUUCAUUAAUGCAGAUAGAAGUUGGUUUUUGAAUUUCUGAAACUUAAAUUGUUAAUCCUCUCCAUUUUUUUUUUAUAAAAAUGAGAGGAAUAUCUGAUAAUGUUCAUGGAGUUAUAUUAGCUAUAUCAUCAAGUAUUUUUAUUGGAUCAAGUUUUAUUAUUAAGAAGAAAGGCCUUAAAAAGGCUAGUGCAACAGGAACAAGGGCAGGUUCAGGAGGCCACUCUUAUCUGUUGGAACCAAUGUGGUGGGCUGGGAUGUUAACUAUGAUAAUUGGAGAAGGAGCUAACUUUGCUGCUUAUGCAUAUGCCCCGGCAAUUCUUGUAACUCCUCUAGGGGCUUUAAGUAUAAUCGUGAGUGCAGUGUUAGCUCAUUUUAUUUUAAAGGAGAGAUUGCACAUAUUUGGUAUUGUUGGUUGUGUCCUCUGCUUGGUUGGCUCUGUUAGUAUUGUGUUACAUGCUCCACUCGAAAGGAAAAUCGAAUCUGUCAUGGAUGUUUGGUACCUAGCAACCGAGCCAGGAUUCAUUAUAUACACAUGUGUAGUCGUGGUGCUGGUACUCGUCCUUAUUUUCCGGUUUGUGCCUCGUUAUGGGCAGAAGUAUAUGGUCAUUUACAUCGGAAUCUGUUCUCUCACGGGGUCUCUCACGGUUAUGGGUGUGAAAGCAGUUGGAAUCGCGCUUAAGCUUUCAUUUGAAGGAAAGAAUCAGUUCAAGUAUUUCCAAACAUGGUUAUUUACUGUGUUUGUUACAAUCUUUUGCCUUUUAGACUGGGAUCAUCAGAAUGCAACACAGAUAAUAACAGAAUUAUGUGGCUUUGUAACUAUCCUCUCUGGUACUUUUCUCCUUCACAAGACCAAAGACAUGGGAAAUAGUCCAACAACAAGCAUUAUUCUCCUUCCAAAAACAACCAAGGACACAGAAAGUAAGCCAACAGGCGAAACCCCGAAACUUACGGUUGAGGUAUGA